AUAAUUUAUUAUUUUCAAUGAAUAUAAUAAGUCAUUUUACUGAUCACCACGACUGUGUUGACCUCAAGAUUUAAAAGCAAUACAGUGAGAAAGCUCCGGACAGAUAUGAAAGCGCUCAUAAUUACUGCUGUUAUCGAUUUAUUAUUGGGGAUAUCUAAUGGAUUUCCUAGACGUGCAGUAUAUGAAAAUGAGUCCAGCUUAGUGUUGGUACAUGUGAUUUACAGGCAUGGUGAUAGAAAUCCAGAUGAAACAAGUUUAUAUCCCACUAAUCCUUAUUACGCAGAGAGUAAUUAUUAUCCGUAUGGAUACGGACAAUUAACAAAUGAAGGAAAACUGAGGGAGUAUGAGAUCGGCACUAAGCUUCGGCAGCGCUACAAUACCUUCCUCGGCAGAGUUUGGAACACUAGCGUGCUGGAAGUGCGAAGUACAGAUUACAAUAGAACAAAAAUGUCAGCCGAAUUAAUGGCAGCGGGGUUGUGGCCUCCUUCGUGCAUUAAUCUUUGGAAUCCAAUUCUGUCGUGGCAACCGAUCCCAUAUUAUUACGAAAAAGCACAAAAUGACAAAGAACUUUCUCCGUGGAAUGCUUGUAACAACUUUAACAACCUGGUGGAUGAAUUUGUUGAAACUCCCGAAAUUGCUAGGUAUAUGGCAGAUAGAUACAAUGAAACGAUGCAAAUUUUAUCUGAAAGGACGGGCUUGGAAAUUACACUUUUAAAAGCUUUUCUUCUAUACUUUGGUUUUGCUAUACAGGAAGAAUUGGGUUUACCCUUGGAGGAUUGGGUUUCGUCCAUUUACCCAGAACCGUUGCAUUCACUGACUAUCGAUUUUUACUAUAUCCAAACGAAUACAACUAUUUUAAAGAAAAUAAUAUCUGGAUACCUCUUAAAAAAGAUACUGUCUGAUACUGAGAUUCAGAUCGAUGGGGCAAAUCCUCAAGGCAGAAAAAUGUUUCUCUAUUCAGGUCAUGAAACAAAUAUAGCCGCACUCUUGUUGUCACUGGAUGUAUAUAAACUAGCAGAUGUGCCUGGUUAUGGAUCAUUUAUACUUGUAGAAGUUCAUAAAAUAGAUGAAGUUCACGGAAUAAAAUUGUUUUAUCAGGAUUAUUCGACGGAGAAUCCACAAGCAUUAAAACUUCCUGGAUGUGACGAAUUUUGUCCUUUCCAUCAAUUUUCCUCAUUAGUGCAAGACAUAUUACCCGAAUCAGAUGAGGAGUGUUUGGGUGCUUCCAAAUAGUGAAAUCUUUAACUGAAUCUUGAUGUAUAUCCAACAUUAUAAGCAAAUAUAUUACUACCAUUUAAA